CUGUUAUUGGAACUGAAAAUCCAUGGAUUGAAGCAGCAUUACUUGAAUAUAAUGCAUCAAGUGUUACAACGAUUGAAUAUGCAACUAUUCAUUCGAAUAUUCCUCGUCUAUUUACGAUAACACCAAUGGAUUUUGCAAAAAAACAGCAGAAUAAUAAAAGUCGACGACAAUUAUUUGAUAGUGUAUGGUCAUAUAGUAGUAUUGAACAUGAUGGUCUUGGUCGAUAUCGAGAUCCAUUUAAUCCAUAUGGUGAUUUUCAGACAAUGGUAAAAAUAACAUGUAUUCUUAAACCUGGAGGAUUUCUAUUUUUGGGUGUACCACUUACCGUUCAAGAUCUAAUCCAAUUCAAUUUACAUCGUACAUAUGGACCUAUUCGUUUACCACUUUUAUAUCGAAAUUUUCACAUUGUUGAAAUGUUAGGCACAGCAAUGGAAACAACAAGAGGCUCCUUUGCUGCUCAACAGUUUGUUGUUUUGCAAAAUAAAAUAGGAUGUAAAACUUCCUAG